CCAGGCCGCCGCAGGUCCCCACCGUAGGCUGCUCCCCUGUGGGGCCCCUCGCUGUCAGUGCCUCCUGCUCACGGGCCCUUCGCAAACAGCUCCCAGGUCACCGCAAGGACAGGCCCCCGCCCCGGCACCCGCCUCCUGCCUCGGGCAACCCGCCCCCCAAGUCACCACAGAAUCCUUAGUACCAAGGAGAGAACCAAGGAGUCCUGGCUCCCAGCCCCCAUCCCCCCAGCACCCUCCUUUUCCAGAGCCGGGGGGGGGGGUCUGCAGUCCCAGCACCCAGCCCUCCCUACACCCAAAAAUAAAGGCUUGUCCAGUUAACUGUAGUGUAGGCGUCACCUGCACCGUGUUCCGUCACUGGGCCCCAGCCCCAGGAAAUCGCUCUGGUGAAAAUCCUGGGGUGGACUGUGGUGUCGGAGGAGGGAGGACCUAACUGUUCCCAGCACAGGGGCGGGGGGGGAGCUGAUUCUUGGGAAUCCUUCCCGCAAACAGCCUCCAACCUAGACCAGUGACAUUUCCCGGGAUCCCCAUGAGACACGGCACUUUCCACGUCAAUACAGCUUCACAGAGGGACGGUUAAUGACCAGGAAGAAACCUACUGUGGGGGGCGAUUAUCCCAUGGCUGCCACUGCAGGUUCUCAUGCCAGGGUGCUGCCGCUGCAGGAGACAAGACGGGCCUCGGUUCCGGUCCAGCCAGGGGCUGCCUAAGGAUCUCUUCCCGUUGAAGACGGGCGGCGCUUGGAGAGAUUGUGGGUCACGGAGCCACGUGUGGGGCAGCAUCCAGUGCUCGGUGGGGCCGAUGUUUCCCUGACCCUCGCAGGACACUGCCCCAGCUUGUCCCUCGUGUGGCCUGGAGCUUCCCAGCAAGAUGACCUCCAAUUGCAGCAAGAACAGCAGCUCGGAGGACCUGGUCUUUGUGGGGCUGUACGCCCUCAUCUUCACGCUGGGGCUGGUGCUCAACCUGGCCGCGCUCUACAUCUUCUUCCGCUGCAGCAACGUCCGCUCCUUCACCACCGUCUACAUGAAGAACCUGGCCGUCUCCGACCUGCUGCUGGUGGUGUCGCUGCCCGUCCGGAUCUAUUACUAUAGCAGGCGGCCCUGUCUGGGAGUCCAGGUCUGCGAGAUCAUGGGGCUGCUGCUGCUGGUCAACAUGUAUGGGAGCAUCUUCCUGCUGACCUGCAUCAGCGGGGACCGCUGCAUGGCCGUCUGCUUCCCCCUGCACCCCCGGGUCAAGGCGCUGCGCAAACAGGCCAAGUACAUCUGCCUGUGCGUCUGGCUGCUGAGCUGUGCUGGCACCGUCCCCACCUAUUUCACCCAGCCUGAGAAAGGGGAGCUGAUAGAACACUGCUUCGACAACCAGCCCAAGUACGUCACCCAGCCCAGCGUGUCCUCGGCCAUGGCUCUGUGCUUCGUCCUGCCGCUGCUGGUCAUGGUGGUCUGCUCCUGGGCCCUGCUCCGAGCCAUCCAGCGCAGCGCAGCCGCCCAGAUGGAGCUGGUGAACAGCGCCAAGAUCCGCAGCAUGAUUGUGGCCAACAUCACCAUCUUCCUGGGCUGCUUUCUGCCUUUCCACCUGGUGCUGAUCUGCUACCAGGUGGAUGCCCUGCAGGGCAAGAUGCUGGACCUUUCCUAUCGCUGCACCUUGCUGGUGGCCUCCGCCAAUGCAGCCCUGGACCCGCUGGCCUAUUACUUCGCCACCGAGACCUUCCAGCGCAUGGUGGUGAUGGACAAUCUGCGCAAGGCCUGGGGCUUCCACAGCGACAGCGCCGAGGGGCAGAACCGCUCCCAGACUGCACUUGGGCAGUGUAUCUACCUGCAGAACACCACGACUUUGCCUAACAGCACCUCACUGGUGGGCAGCCCCAACAGGGAGCCCAGGAGCUAACUGGCCAUGGGGAUGGGCUCCCCUGGGCAGGGCACAGGGCAGUGGGACAUGCAUGAGCAGGGCUGGGAGCAAGGGAGGUGUGCAGUUUGGUAUUUGGGCAUCCCAGGCUAGGUUUGUGCGGGGACGCGGGUGUCGCUGGCUCGGGUUACGAUGGGCACUGGGACGUUGCAGGCUGGGUUUGUGCCAGGUGCUGGGAUAGGGGCAUCACAGGCUGGGUCUGCACCAGGUGCUGGGGCAUCGCAGGCUGGGUCUGCACCGGGCAGUGGGACGGGGGCGUUGUGGGCUCAGGUGGCACUGGGACCUGUCAGUGGCAGUCUCUUGGCUAGGGAGAUGUAGUGCUCGUUGCCCUUUAACUCUGCUCAGAGUCUCGCCUGGUCCCUUCCUGUUUUCACCAGACUCUGUUAACCCGUGGGAGGUGUUAUAAUCAGCAAGGGCCCAGCUGUGAACUGUCACCCUGAGCUGCCCAGGACUCACAGCCCCAUCCCCUCACCAUGGGGCCCAGAGACCCCAAGCUUCCCUUUCCCCCAGCCCGGCUUGCAGCCGCCUCUCCAUGCAGGGAAGGCUGCUCAGGGAGGUGUGUAUGUGAAAUUGGGCAGAGGGGGGUGUUAAUUUGGGCUGAGCCUACGGGGUUGUGGCAUGGGGAGAUGUCUCUCCAUCCCGGCUCCUCCACUGCAGCCUGGGGGCCAGCAUAGUGCAGCAUUUCCGCUGUGUGAGCUGAUGGGGUUUGCCCUGAGGUUUCACGCCAAGGCUCCUGGCAAAGGCAGCAGGAAUUUCCCCUCUGAGCAGCAAGCGCUUGUGGUUAAACCGCCCCACCCCGGUGCCACAGCUAGUCGGGCCUUGCCUGCAGAGAAUGACUCAGGGCUUAAGCAGCAGCUGCUCCUGCUCUGGGCUCCAGGGGUCCCCAGUUCAGUCUGCUGGCAUGUCUAUUCUGAGCAGCGUCUGAACCCCAGUGUCCUGUCUGGGCCAGCACCGGGGUGGGACCAAACCCAGAGCUUGUGCAUUAGACAUGCAGCCUGUGCCAGCCAAGCCCCGCUGAAAUGAGCUUUAAUUUCUGCACAGGGCAGGCCAGGGUUUUGUGGGGCCAGAUUUCACAGGAGCGCAGCUCCCAUCUGGGUGCAUCAAAGAACUUUUGUCUGCUGGGGGGUGACCCUCUGGGAGCUUGAAAUUCUGGCCUUUAACUGCUCGGCCUGGCCAGUCCUGACUCUGGCCUGGGGUUUCGAACAGUCUCUGCGACAGCCCAGGGGACAGCCAGGCUGGGCAGGCAGCUCAGGAGAGCUGCAGCAGCCCCCAGGAGCUGGUGCUAAGAAGGACGUCUCAGCCCAGCCUCGCGUUUAUGGCGGGGAGCCAGGACUCGGGCUCCGUGCCUGACGCUUGGCGGGAAGCAGGAACGAAGGGUUACACUGGAACUCCUGGGCUUGCCAAAUCCUGCCCCUCCUAAAUGGCUCAGGUUCCCUGGCAGUGCAAUGGUGUUAAUGCCACCUGGCCUCCGGCGGGGAGUGUGUGUGUGUUUUCACGCCCGAGAUGCCGGGGCCCGGUGGAGCCCCACGGCCCGGCAAAGGGGCCGGAACUCGGCCAUUUCGUGACAUUUGCACUUUAGCGCCGGCACAGAGGCAAUAACCACGUCGGGCCAGACGGUGGUAUUCAGGGGGCUGCCCCCGUUCCCUUCCCCUCCACAAGCCUCUGCCAGCAUGGGCUGGGCAUGCAGCCAGGAACCUCCCCCCAUGGAAGGAGGAACAGGCGGGUGUGUGUGUGUGUGUGUGUGUGCGCGCGCGUGCGGGGGCUGUAGAAAUAAUGCAGGAGACUGAGGGGUUGGACGGGGCAGGGCUGUGCCUGCACCCUGGGGCUUGGUCCUUGUAUUUGCAGUGACUCAUUUCCAGCUCUGAUGGGGCUGGUUCUUUUAAAGCAGCCGCAAAUAAAUAAUAAUUUUGAAGCAA